AUGGAUGACCUGAACGGGCUGAGUUGGUCAUCCAACUCCAACGCGCCCACCAACAAGCCUCCCCCUAUGGGCUCUGGCUUCAUGUUUCCGAAUGUUCGACCCAAUGGCGCCUCUGGGAGAUCAACACCGAUGUCCGCUGCUUCCAACCGAUCCAAUUCGCCAUCAAAACCGCCCGCUUCUACCGGAGACAGCUUCGCGAACCUGGUCUCAUUCAAUUCGUCUGCGGCGAAUAAGAACGUCUCUCUAGUAGAGCAACAGAAGCGAUUGCAGGAAGAAAAAGCCAAGAAGGCAGCAGAGGACCGCAGGCGGUACGAAGCGCAAUAUGGAGGCCAGAACUCACAGUUCUGGGAUAGCCUGGAACACGGUCGAACCCCGAGCCCCGCGACGGCCCCGAUCUCGAAAUCCGUAUCGCCACAAGCAGACAACGACGAUGACGAUAUACUGGCUGCAUUUAGCGCCGCUGCUCCCGUUGAUGCAUCGACAAACUUCCCAGUCCCGAGUUCCAACGCAUCUCCCCGGGUUGGUACGAAUUCGCGGCAAGGCACACCUGGUGGGGGCAUUACGAUGCAGGAUAAUUCCGGGGGCUUGGGCGCAUUUGGUGACGACGAUGACGACCCAUUUGGACUCAAUAAGUUGAAGCCCAAGACAGCACCGGCUCCGUCGCAGGCGGCAGCAGACGACGAUGAUUUCCUUGGACUACUUGGGAAACCAGUGUCAGAGAUCCCUCGCCCGCAACCGCCUCCGGAGAGGGCAGUUUCCUCCAAUCGUGACCGCGAGGAUCAGUCCGCUUCUCCUAUGCCUUCGAACGAAGUUGACCGGGCGAUUGCAGAACUGGUGGAUAUGGGAUUUCCCGCGGAUAAAUCACGGCAAGCCCUGAGGACUACAGAGUCAGGAACCAAUGUCCAGGCGGCUGUCAGUUGGCUUCUCACUCAAGCACAUGCCGAGUCAAGGCAGAAAUCCCAAGGGCAAUCUCCUGCACCCACUCAAUCCGGUACGGAACGAAGUGACGGUCGACACCGCGAUGCCCCUUCCUGGGCGAGGGAAGGUAGAUCGCAACCUCCUCGGUCGCGUGAUGACAGUCGAAGCCCCGGAGUUGGAGAGAAAGACCCUGCUCAAAUAGCCUCUCAACUUGGCAACAAUCUAUUAAAGACUGCUGGGUCUCUCUGGAAGACUGGAAGCAAGAAAUUCCAACAAGCCGUGAACGAAUUCAAUGCCGAUAAUGAGCCCAGCCAGCCCAAGUGGAUGAAGGAUGCAUCUGCGCCUCGCGACGAGCCGUUCCCUCAACAGCCGCCCCGGCGCGCUGGUGAGAGAGACCAGGCGCAAGCGCAGCCCCAAGACUUGACUAACGAGGCUCUGCUUUUGGAAGCUCGCGAUUCGGGACCGCCUCGAAAGCCUGCUCGCCCGCAGGAUCACCGCCAACCUACCCCCUCAAGCAGUGAUCCGCGUCGCCAGCCAUCUCCAGCCACUCAACAGAUGCAACAGGCCAACUUCCUACAGCGGCCAUCACAACCAAAUUCGACCGAACCCAAAUCUCGUCUGUCCCGAUUUGCUGCCGAGGAGCAGUCGGCGCAAGCAUAUGUUAGCCCAGCUAGGCGGCGACGGCCUCAAGCGCCACCACCAGCAGCCGAGCCCAACGUCGAUCUCUUUGAUUCUCCUCUCCCCUCGUCACAGCCAUCAAACCGAACCUCCCCACCUCAGGCUCGACCGCCGCCCGCGCCUUCAGCCUCUAUUCCAGUGCGCUCCAAGGCCCCGCCUCGGUCCAUACCGCGCGUAUCUGCAGAGGCUCUGCAAUCGACUCACCGCCAUCGCGAGAAAGCUGCAGAUGCGUACAAGCGGGGCGACUAUGCAGCUGCACACCAAAGUUUCUCUACUGCACUCGGCAUGCUCCCUGAUCAGCACCCGAUCACGAUUAUUGUUCGCAGUAACCGAGCGAUGACCGGUCUGAAGAUCGGUGAGCCCAAAGGCGCUAUCGACGAUGCUGAUAUUAUAUUGAAAUUGAUCGGGCCGUCCAAGGGCGAGGAUGAGUCAAUUGACCUCGGCAACGGCGAGACCGCCAAGCCCAUGAAAGACUUCUUUGGCAAGGCGCUGACUCGGAAGGCCGAAGCUUUGGAACAGCUUGAACGAUGGGCAGACGCAGCCCAGGCGUGGAAGUUAGCCGUGGAAUCCGGCCACGGCGGAAGUACUAGCAUCCAGGGCAGGAACCGAUGCGAGAAGGCUGCUGGAAUCAGCAAACCUCCCUCGAAACCCGCAGCCCCGGUCAAAAAGAGGUCAACACCCGUACCCAAGAAGACGUCUGCGCUGUCAGAUCUCUCUGGCGGUGCUGCUUCCGGCCAAGACUCGGCAGCUGUUAGUCGACUGCGGGAGGCCAACGAGGCCGCCGAACGUGCCGACGAAGAGAAGUUCGCUCUUACCGAUAGUGUCGAUGCAAAGAUCGCGGCAUGGAAGAAUGGCAAGCAGGAUAAUCUGCGUGCCUUGCUUGGUAGUCUCGACACUGUGCUCUGGCCCGACUCCGGCUGGAAGAAGAUUGGCUUGUCGGAGCUGGUCUUGCCCAACAAGGUCAAGAUUCAGUACAUGAAGGGUAUUGCAAAGGUUCACCCUGACAAGAUUUCUACGACUGCCACCACCGAACAGCGCAUGAUUGCUGGCGCUGUGUUUGGAACGCUGAAUGAGGCCUGGGACAAGUUCCGAGUGGAGAACAAUCUGUGA